CGAUACUUGUGCAGACAAUAACAAACCAAGUGAAAUUACAUCACUUUCGCAUCGUCGCACACCGCGUGAAAUCGAAUACCGGUUAAGUAAAACCUGCGUUUGUUAGUCCGCGGGCUUAGUCGAAGUUGGUACUUAGUAGUGCUCAGGUCAAAGUUAAACCCACCAAGAUGCCCAACUGCCCGAAAUGCGAGAAACCCGUCUAUUUUGCCGAACGCAAGACCUCCCUGGGAAAGGACUGGCACGCAGCUUGCCUCCGGUGCGAAAAGUGUAACAAGACCCUUACUCCGGGCUCCCACGCCGAGCACGAAGGGAAGCCCUACUGCAACCAGCCCUGUUACGCCGCCAUGUUUGGCCCUACGGGCUUCGGACGCGGAGGCGCCGAGAGCUACGUCUACAAGAAAUAAUUUUUCCGUUUUGGUCAUAUUUUGCAAUUAUACGAAGUGUUAAUAAUUCUGUAUAUCAGUCUAUUUUUUUAUAGCUUUUUCGAUUAAACUGUAUUGGUGACAAUAAAGUUUUUUUUUUUCUAGUUUUAUUAUUACUGAA